CCCAUUGAUAGUAUCAUGGCUUAAUAAUGGCAUUUUUAGCCAAAGCUUUCAGUCUAUUAUUUGUAUAUUUUACCAUAAAAGACCCAUACAUUGCAAUUUUCAGUAUAAAGUUAAUGGGACUUGUUAAAUUUAAAUAAGUAAGUAGGUGCAUUUUUAAUUUUACAAAUUUUAGAACCCUUAUUACAGACAAAAUACCGCCAAAGAAUUUAGUAGAAAGGUUUAAUUAAUAAGGUCAAAAUUGGUGCAGUUGUAUAAACAAUUUAUUUAAAAUAAGAUAUUUCUUUACAAUAUAAACAGCUCAUUAUAAUUUAAUAAAAUCUGGAAAUUUCAAUAUUGUAUAUUUAAUUGCCAAGGACACUAAUAAAAUAAAUAUACUGUAAGAUUUAUGCAUAAAAGUCUUAUAUUUUAAAUUAUAUUAAAUUAAAAUUCUCAAAGCAAUCCAAUAAAAGCCCUACAAGACACAAGAAACCAUAAACUCACCCCCACUCCAAAAACCCAGAGAAUCAUCAAAUCAAAUCGCCUAUGGGGGAAAUCCCGCGAAAUCCGACAACACGGCCGCACGAGCUGUGAUAUAAUAGUCGGUGAUUGGUCGGUACGCGCGGCAAUCGAACAUUUCGCGUAUCGUGCUUUCCAUCGGACCGACAACGUCAACGUCAAAAAAACCAUCCCUCCACGCCAAAGCGCACUGCGAGAUUACCAUCAACGAACAAAUCACGGCGAAGUAACGCCGUUGCCGCAACAGGCGCAGCCUACUGUUUGAAACUGUUUCGUGGGGACUGUUUCGUGAUUUUGUGCCGUUUAUUGCGAUGAGCAGCGGUCUGGACGUGCUCAGCGGGUCGUUGAGGGUCCGCAACAGCACCACAGCGGUGGGGCCGGUGAAAAAUGUGAACUGCAAGGUGGUCAGCGAGGUAAAAUCGUGUCCCAGUGUCAUGUCGCCCGAGACGAAGCGUCUGUUGCCGCCGAACACGGAAACCGUUCAAACGAAACCGUUUCCCAUAAGAGGUGAAAGAGCAAAUUAUGUCAACAGUCCACACGUCAUUGCAAUGGUGGGCCUUCCGGCCAGAGGAAAAACUUAUAUUUCCAAAAAAUUGUCCAGAUACUUGAACUGGAUUGGGAUCAACACUAGAGUUUUUAAUCUUGGCGAGUACCGUCGCCACGCCACCACCGCCUACAAAAACCACGAGUUCUUCCGUCCUGACAACCAGGAAGCGAUGGCCAUAAGGGCGCAGUGUUGCAUCGAGGCCCUGCACGACGUCUGCCAAUGGCUGGAGAACGGAGGCGAGGUUGCCGUUUUCGACGCCACAAAUUCCACGUUGGACCGUCGAAAAUUGAUACACGAAUUCGUGGUCGGAAAAAUGGGCUUCAAGUUGUUUUUCGUCGAGAGCGUUUGCGACGACCCCAUGAUCAUCGAGCAAAAUAUCAUGGAGGUAAAAGUGAGCAGUCCAGAUUACGCAAACAUGAACAAAGACGCGGCGUUGACAGACUUCCUGCAAAGGAUACAGCAUUACCAGGAAAAAUACAGUCCUUUGGACGAGGACCUGGAAAAAAACAUUUCCUUCAUGAAAAUUUACAACACUGGCGAAAAAGUUGUUGUGCACAAACAUGAAGGACAUGUUCAAGCCAGGAUAGUUUACUAUUUGAUGAAUAUACACAUAACACCAAGGACAAUCUAUCUGACAAGGCAUGGAGAAAGCGAACAAAACCUGGAAGGUCGCAUCGGUGGCGAUUCAAAUUUGAGCGACAGAGGGCGCCUCUAUGCAGCUGCCUUAGCUAACUACAUUCACGACGGACAAAUCGAGGGUCUACGUAUAUGGACGUCUUGGUUGAAAAGAACCAUACAGACCGUGUCCGGUUUAAAUGUAGCUCAGGAGAGGUGGAAGGCACUGAACGAAAUUGACGCCGGGGUUUGCGAAGAGAUGACGUACGAGGAGAUUCAGGAGAAAUAUCCGGAGGAGUUUGCUUCGAGAGAUCAAAACAAAUUCGCGUAUCGUUAUCCGAGGGGAGAGAGCUACGAGGACUUGGUCGCCAGGCUGGAACCGGUGAUUAUGGAGCUUGAAAGGCAGGGAAAUGUUUUGGUGGUUUCUCACCAGGCUGUUAUCAGAUGCCUCUUGGCUUAUUUCCUUGACAAAUCUGCAGAUGAAUUGCCGUAUCUUCAAGUGCCGUUGCACACGAUAAUCAAGCUGACGCCAGUGGCGUACGGUUGCAGGGUGGAGCACAUUAAACUGCCCAUAGAAGCAGUUGACACGCACCGUGCAAAACCGAAGGUUCCUGGGCAGUUGGAUGAAAAAUUCAAACAGUUCAAAAAAGUAAACUCGAUUCCGACAUGAUGCCAAGGUUGCCAGAUUGACUGAAUACAGGGUGCCUAAAUAAUAAUUUAAACCAAUUUGUAACAAAAAAAAUUAAAUCAAACAAAUCUUGAUGUGAUUUUAACCCUCUGUCGGUUUUUAGAAUUUUAACAAACCACUUUACAUGGGCAUAGAUAGGAUAAAUAUGUAAUUUUCGGAACCAAUGUAUGUAUUUUCGAGUAAAUGUUAUACGUACAUUAUAUAUGGGAAGAGUAUGUAUAAAUGUGGUUAAUUAAUAUUUAUGUAAUUGUAAGCCCAAAAAGGGGGCAAUUCAAAAAAAUUAUUUAUAUAUUUUCGUUAAUAUAUUUUGUAAUUAGAAAUGCCCCUUUGUUUAUUUAGUUCUAAUUUUACAAAUAUAGGCCUUUUUAUGUAUUGAUAUGGUAAUUGUAUAUUUCAUGUUAAAUAAAGGUAUCUAUUUUAUUUUUAA